AUGGCGAAAAAAGACCAAACCACCAACGGAGAUUACGAAUACAUACACUAUCACACAUUUGAAGCAGUCGAUCAUGACAGAUCUAUGUCUUGGGAAGCUGGUAAUGGCAUGGUACAUGUUGGCGUGAAGGUCAUGAAACCGCAAAAGACCGAUAUAGACGCACGCGACGUUACUCUUCUUGAAGGGCAAAGUGCGAUUGUUUACCAGAUGAAGUUCAGAUUAGCUAAAAAGGCUGCUACUUAGGAUAUGCUUUCGACCAUAUUUCAGUACCCUUUUCGAAACUAAUUAAUAUUGCCAGUUUGCUAUCAUGAUUAAGGUCCUUGCCAUUAGGAAAUGAGAUCCUAGCGGCGCUAGUGCGUGAUAUGUUCCUGUCCUCUUCCGACUUCCUGAAUCUGCUUUCUAGCAUCGCCCCAUAUAGGUAGUUCCCUAGUAUGGUCUUCCACUCCUCGAUCGACGUCAUGUAGUUUACUUGCUGCGCAAUUGAUUCCCCGAGUGGUAAACAAAGCCAGAUCUCCAACCCAAAGUCG